AUGUAUCAAUCUGACGGUGAUCUAAACAGUUUGAUCGAUAGCGUGUUUGGCACGAGCAACAAUAACGGUCAGUUACCGAGUCAAGCGGUGCCGUCAUCAACAACUCUGGACGACCUUCUUCAUGCCGUUUUCACUCCCGCUUCAAGUACGAAUAACGUUUCACCGGGAGGAGAUCAGCAAACAACUCCAGCAGUGGAUAAUACCCGAAGUAACGUUGACGGCAAUGCUGCCGAUUGCGAGUGCGUGCCGUAUUAUCAGUGUCAGAAUGGCUCCAUCUUGCAGAAUGGCGUUGGCCUCAUUGAUAUCAGGUUACAAGGACCGUGUGAUAAUUAUUUAGAGGUGUGUUGCGCGAUUCCUGACGUGAAAGCUGUCGAAGACAUAACGACUCCUCGGCCAACGGCGCGUAAAGGCUGUGGCUAUCGUAAUACCGAGGGUGUUGGCUUCCGUAUUACCGGCUCCAAAGAUAACGAGGCGCAGUUCGGGGAGUUCCCUUGGAUGGUUGCAGUUUUGAAAAAAGAAAGCAUCGGCAAUAGCUCGGAAAAGUUAAAUGUUUAUCAGUGCGGUGGUGCUCUCAUUCAUCCAAAAGUCGUCCUUACAGCUGCUCACUGCGUUAAUGGCAAAGAUCCAAAUCUAUUGAAAAUCCGAGCUGGAGAGUGGGACACUCAGACGAAAAAUGAGAUCUUGCCCCAUCAAGAUCGAGACGUUCAGAAUACGAUAAUUCACGAACGUUUUCACUCCGGUGCGCUUUACAAUGACUUUGCUCUUCUCAUCUUGGAACAAGCCGUUAACAUUGUUGAUAAUAUCGAUGUUAUCUGCAUUCCCGAUGCUGGCACCAUAUUUGAUUAUUCCCGUUGUUUUGCUAGCGGAUGGGGAAAGGACAUCUUCGGUAAGGAAGGGCAUUAUCAGGUAAUUUUGAAACGAGUUGAAUUGCCAGUAGUGCCACAUAAUAUAUGCCAAAACUCUUUGAGAACAACAAGAUUAGGAAAUUAUUUUAAAUUGGAUCCAAGUUUUAUUUGUGCCGGCGGUGAGCCUGGUAAAGAUACCUGUAAGGGUGACGGUGGUAGUCCGCUAAUAUGUCCGAUAAAAAAUGAUCCUAAACGAUAUGUACAAGCAGGUAUUGUUGCCUGGGGUAUUGGCUGUGGUGAAAAACAAAUCCCUGGUGUUUAUGCCAAUGUUGCUAAUGCUAGACACUGGAUCGAUCAACAAAUGGCAAAAGUAAAUCUCGAUAGUAGGGAAUAUCAGUAUAGACAGUUUUAAUUUUCAAGCAAUCGGUUUAUUCUACUUUGAUUCUACUUUUCCUUAUAUUUGUUAUAUUCAAAUCGAUCGUACUCAAUCAUUUUGAUAAUUUGUGCUAUCUCACAUUUAAUUAUAUAUAAGAAUAGUUUUACUACUCGACGUCAUACUCUGUAAAAUAAUUAAUAUUUAU